AAAUUUAUUUCAAUUCUGGAAAAUAAUGCAGUUUCCAGGGCACUUGAAGUCAUUUGCAAAAAUACUUCAAAAUACGGUCACUAAUCUAGCUUUAUUUGCUCCACCAACUACAACUGUAAAACUCCCAAGAGAGAUAAGAACUUAUAAUCAAAACUUGAUAAAAUCUUUUACAACAAUGGCUGAGGUAACAGGCUUAACAAAUUCGGAAGCAAAUGAAUUAUGCAAACCAGCACAUCCGUCUACAAAAGAUUUCAUAUUCAACCAAACCAUGUUGCGCAUUAAGGAUCCUCGCAAAUCCUUGCCAUUCUACACUGGAGUCCUCGGCAUGACAAUGCUUCAAAAGACCGACUUUGCCGAUGGACAGUUCUCCGUUUACAUGAUGGGAUAUGAGAAACCAACCGAUGUACCAUCUGAUCAUUCGAAACUCACUCAAUGGGCCUUUACGCGCAAGGGUGCUCUUAACCUAACACACAACUGGGGAACUGAAAGUGAUCCAGACUUUAAGUAUAAUGUUGGCAACUCCGAACCAAUUGACUUUGGUCACAUUGGUGUGAUGGUUCCAGAUGUCUAUGCGGCUUGUAAAAGAUUUGAGGAGCAAGGAGUGGCGUUCAAAAAAAGACCCGACGAUGGACGUAUGAAGGGUCUGGCCUUCGUCAUGGACCCCGAUGGUUAUUGGAUCGAGAUUUUCAAUGCUAAUACUGUUUGUUAAAAAUGUUAACUUUUUUGUUUUAUUUCUACUUGUUUUGUCAAAUAAAUGCUAAAGUAUUGCUA